GCGAGGCUCUCGUGGCGCGUGACAAAAACAAUCUCGUUUUUUUCUUCUUUUCUGCCUCUCGUCCGUUUCGCCCACGACGACGGGCGAAAAAUCGCGCGCGCGCUCCGAGAGAAAUUUUCGCGAGCGAACGCCUGCGAGCGAGCGAGAUUGCACGACACGACGGCGACGUUUCCACGGGCAUGGUGACGACGAUAAGCGAGAUGACGUUAUGUAGGGCACGACGGUGUCGGGUGCUCGAGCGACGUUCGCUUCCUCCACGAGUCUCCUCCCGUUCGCUCGAUUUCGUGAAAUAUGGAACGCGACGAACGAUCGAUCCUUACGCGCAGUUCUUUUGAUAUAUAAAUCCGUUCAAGGUUUUCGAACGAGGACGUCUGUGAGAGAGACAUUUAAAUAGGACUAUGAUUUUAUGACAGAUCACUUAAAUAGGCCAUGGUUGUUUGAACGGGCGAAUAGUGUCUUUGAGUGAAUUCUUUGACGUAUAGAAAUGUCUAGAAAUGCGAAUUUCAUACUAAGUUAGAUGACGGACUCAGGAUAGUCCUUCCGCUUGAUAACAUGUCAGAUGGGGUUGAUGGUGGUGGUGGGGAAAACGAGGUAGACUCUCAUUCCUCUUCGCACGCCGAGCCUGGAGACUCUUCCAAUCAUAGAGAGGAAGAGGCGUUAGAUCCUGAUAACGAGGCUGCACUCAAUACCAAUUAUGAUAGUAGUGACGGAGCUGUCCCUGCAUUUAGAUGUGAUAGGUGUGAUAAUUAUGAAACUAUAAAUAAGACAGCUUUCUCCGCUCAUCAAGAUCAAUGUUUGGCAAGUGGCGAGGCCGGAGAGAGCGCUGAAGGCAUAGAAGGAGCAGAGAAUGACGGAGAUGGGGAAGAGGGUCAUUCAGGGAUGAGGUCUCACAGAAAAAUGUUUGAAUGCGAUGUCUGUAAUAUGAAAUUUUCAAAUGGAGCGAACAUGAGACGGCAUAAAAUGAGGCAUACAGGUGUUAAACCAUACGAAUGUCGGGUAUGUCAAAAGAGAUUCUUUCGGAAAGACCAUCUUGCGGAACACUUUACCACACAUUCGAAGACUUUGCCAUAUCAUUGCCCGAUAUGUAAUCGUGGUUUUCAAAGACAGAUCGCGAUGCGUGCUCACUUUCAGAACGAGCAUGUCGGUCAACAUGAUAUGGUCAAAUCGUGUCCUCUUUGCAAUUAUCGUGCAGCAACUAUGAAAUGCCUUAGGUUGCACUUCUUUAAUAGACAUGGAAUAGAUUUAGAUAAUCCAGGACCAAAUAGCUCUACAUCUAUAAUGAAUAGUUGCACAUCCGGAGAAGCGAUGCCUUCAGCACCUCUAUCCGACAGCGGAGACAGCACUGGCAAUCGUUCGACCGACAACGCUACGCCUCCCAUGCAUUUUCUUACACCUCACGUGGAGAUAUCCAUUCCUUAUCCCGAACAAGCUGCCAACCAGCGAAAUCCGAGUCCUGCCCCAUUGAACGGAGACAGUCCCAAUAGCCCGCAGAGCGCCGAUAGCAAUAGUAAUGCGCCGAGCAGUAGUCAUCAUCAAUUAACUAUCAAUAGCAGCACCAUUCAUAGAAACGUAGGCGGAGGCGACGAAGCGAUUACACCAUCGAUCUCUUUGAUACCGAUCAAACAGGAACCCAAUAGCAAUGGUAUGGAUGAUAGCGGGGCGACAUCGAGCAAUCUACCGUUGCCAUCGUUGAUCAAAGUGUCGCCAUUGAAGUCGUUGCUGCGCGAUGAUUUGCGUCGCAAGCUCUCCACCAGUUCUGUCAAUAACAACAAUAACAGCAGUAAUAAUAGCGGCUGCGGUGGUGCCGGCGCCAAUCCGCAUUCGAGGGGUGAACCACCCACCUCGACCAGGCCGGAUCCACGCACGAGCGGGCUCCAGUGUACUCACUGUCGCAUCACGUUUCCGGAUCAGACGUUAUACUUCCUUCACAAAGGUUGUCACAGCGAGAGUAAUCCGUGGAAGUGCAAUAUUUGCGGGGAGCAGUGCUGCAAUCUGUACCAAUUCAAUUCGCAUUUACUGAGCAAGAGUCAUCAAUAGCUGGGAGAAGAAGAUAGAGAGAUAUCUGCAGCUAAAAUUCGUCUUUCCCCUUUUCGUUUCUUCUUCUUUCCUCCCAUUUCUUCGUUGAACGAAAGAAAACAGCAGGCGAAUCGGUACGUAUAUUGUACGUACGUUCAGUGUUCAUUAGUAUGAAGGUGCAAGUAUUUUCUGCGAUGUGUCCAGGCAUACUCUUAACCAAAAAAAGAAAAAAAGAUACUUUAGAAAAUCGCAAGAACGUGCCCGUCCCUCCUUCCGCCGAAGCACGACGGUCAGUCAAUUGUAAAUUAUAAAUUUUGAAUUAUUUUUAAAAAUCUAAAAAAAAGUAUGUCUGUUCUCUCAGAAAAUAAUGUACAAAGCGCGACAAAUUGUGCCUUUUCUUUAAAAGCGAGAGAAAAUUUCGAGAAAGAAAAAAGAAAUUGCCAACACAUACUCGUCCAUCAUGCUGUUAUAUUAUACGAACUAUCCGUCCAUAGGGCUUUAUUGAGAUACUCCGAGCUCUAUCAUUAGUCUUAAAUUAGUGAAAUAAGUAUAGGACGCGGGCGACAAAGUUGCGAAUUGCCCUGUCGAUAAUUGUGAGAAAUAAAAAAAAAUAUAUAUA